AUGGCAGUGCUGCUACAGGCUCAGCUCAACCAGAACAAGGGACAAAUGAACCUGACCUACAUCGGAAGAGACCCACGGCUCUCUGCUCUGUGUGCCCUCAAAAUCCGUGCUCUGGAGGUUAUCCUCAAGGACCUGGAAGUGCUGGCUGAGAUUGCCUCUUCUCCGGCAGGACAGACAGAGGGAUAUGGCCCCUCCGAGGCUGCAGAGCCACGACCCAGCCAGGUGGAGCUCCACGUCCCCAUCCGGAACAGCCAGCUGAGCUCUUCAGGACCUAAAGGCUUGGAGUGCUCUCCCUCCACCCCCACCAUGAACUCCUACUUCUACAAGUUCAUGAUCAACCUGCUCAAGAGGUUCAGCAGCGAGCGGAAACUCCUGGAGACGAGAGGAGCCUUCAUCAUCAGGCAGCUCUGUCUGCUUCUGAACGCAGAGAACAUCUUCCACUCCAUGGCGGACAUCCUGCUGCGGGAGGAGGACCUCAAGUUUGCCUCCACCAUGGUGCACACACUGAACACCAUCCUGCUCACCUCCUCCGAGCUCUUCCAGCUGAGGAACCAGCUGAAGGACCUGAGGACACCGGAGAGCCGCAACCUCUUCUGCUGCCUGUACCGCUCCUGGUGCCACAACCCAGUGACCACCGUGUCCCUCUGCUUCCUCACCCAGAACUACAAGCACGCCUACGACCUCAUCCAGAAGUUUGGGGACCUGGAGGUCACAGUGGACUUCCUCACCGAGGUGGAUAAGCUGGUGCAGCUCAUCGAGUGCCCCAUAUUCACAUACCUGCGCCUGCAGCUGCUGGAUGUGAAGAACAACCCCUACCUGAUCAAGGCACUCUAUGGGCUGCUGAUGCUGCUGCCCCAGAGCAGUGCCUUCCAGCUGCUGUCCCACCGCCUGCAGUGCGUCCCCAACCCCGAGCUCAUGCAGAGCGCGGACGGCAGCAGGACGAGCGCGAGCUCCCGCAGGCCGGCAUCCUCCACCAUCGACUACACGGAGCUGCUGCAGCACUUUGACAAGGUCCAGAGCAAACACCUGGAAGUGCGGCACCAGCGAGCGGGGCGGGCAGAGCAGCCGGAGCGACGCGUCGUGCUCUGAGCACGGGGACGAGGGAACACGGACCAGGGCACAGGGACAGCGGAGACGCCGGUGCUUUUAGGGCAGAGGGUGCGGGGUUUUCCCCUUUGUGUCAGUGUGGGGGACCCCAGGCUGUGCCCGGCGUCGUGCUUGGAAGCUGCGGGAGGAGAGGGAGCGGGGAAGGCACGGUGUCUUCUCUUGCAGUAGGGUGAGCAGACUUUGCUUCGCUAAUGCCUUCCCCGUGACCAUCAGCUGAGUGCCCGGCCUCCUGCCAGCGGGACCGGAGGGGAAGAAACACUCGGGGAGGGGAAGGAGGGAGCAAAGUGGGUCCUCCCCACUGGGAAGGGAGCGGGGCAGCGUCCCGGCACCCCGAGCCCCUCUUUCUUAGCCAGAGGCUCUGCCUCAUCCCAGUGCCGGGCGGAGGAGAGCCACGCAUCCCUUCUUUGUUCCUAUCCCAAGCUCCCUGCCAUCAAAUAAAAAGAACGAUGCAGAGCAG